AUAAGCAGUAAAAGUAUCAAGUAAAGUAAAGCCCCUGCCUUGUUCCGGCAUGGCAUCUUUGUUUGUGCACUCUCUGUAUUGGUAUUGGUAUUGCCGUAUUGGUAUUGGAUCAUCCCGAUAAAAUAAAAUAAAUAAAUAAAUAAAUAAAUAUUUGUUUUGUGGAUCUCUUUCAUCUCAAGACAAAGUCUCCCUUUUGCUCCGCCCCAACUCCAGCACAGCAGGCAGCAGCAGAGGAUGAAUUUCAAGAAUCUGGACGACUUCUGGGCAUUCUAUGUGAGCCAGCACUCGAAAGCCUUGACGCGGCGGCUACACUUCAUGGGCACCCUCUCGGGCUUGCUGUGCCUGCUGAGCUCGCUGUUGUGCCGGCGCUGGAUCCUGCUCCUUCCCGCACCCAUCAUCGGCUACGCCCUGGCCUGGUACAGCCACCUUUUCGUUGAAGGCAACGUUCCCGCUACGUUUGGCCAUCCCCUCUGGUCUUUCCUUUGCGAUCUCAAGAUGUUCGCUUUUAUGCUUUCCGGCCGGAUGGACAAGGAGAUCAAGCGACUUGGCAAGCGCCCUCUUCUCUAGGUCUUCUGUUUCCUUGAUGAUUUAUUUU